GUGUCUGUUGUUUACCUGCAGAAGUCUGUUCACAGAUCUCGUCUUUGCAUCGUGUUAAACAAACCAAAGUGUCUCUGCUUUACCUCAGUGUGUCCACAAACAUAACCAUGUCUUCAUUUGAGGUCCGAGCUGUGCUCCCAGCUGCAGAGAACCCACUGAGGAUGAGUAAAACCACAGCUGGUGUGAGGAGAGCAGCUCUGGGAGAAAUCACCAACUUCACUGCAACAGCAGGCAACACAAAGAGGACCGGACCGACCAAAGCAUCAGGCAAACCCGCCCAGAAGGAGAAACCUGUCGUCCAGGUGGUGCCUCCAGUCAUCCAGGUCCCAGCACCUGCAGAUCUUCUUCCCCCGGUCUCUGAGGAGUCGGCCGACGUGUCCAUGCAGGAGCAGGAGGAGCUGUGCCAGGCUUUCUCCGACGCGCUGCUCACCGUGCAGGAUGUCGACGAGCAGGAUUCAGAACAGCCGCAGCUCUGUUCAGAAUAUGUCAAAGAUAUCUACAAUUAUCUACACGCCCUGGAGGUGCAGCAAGCUGUACGAGCAAACUACAUGCAGGGUUAUGAAAUCUCUGGACGCAUGAGAGCUCUUCUGGUGGACUGGCUGGUCCAGGUCCACUCCAGGUUCCAGCUGCUGCAGGAGACUCUGUACCUCACGGUCGCCGUCCUGGAUCGUUUUCUGCAGGUCCAGCCGGUGUCUCGCAGGAAGCUGCAGCUUGUUGGUGUGACCGCCAUGCUGGUGGCCUGUAAAUACGAGGAGAUGUACGCUCCCGAGGUCGGAGACUUCGCCUACAUCACAGACAACGCGUUUACAAGGGCUCAGAUUCUGGAGAUGGAGCAGCUGGUUUUGAGGACGCUCAACUUUGAGCUGGGACGUCCUCUGCCGUUGCACUUCCUCAGACGGGCCUCCAAGGUGGCCAAUUCUGAUGUAGAGAGACACACGCUGGCCAAGUAUCUGAUGGAGUUGACCCUCCUCGACUACGACAUGGUUCACUACCGGCCCUCUGAGAUCGCUGCUGCUUCGCUGGGUCUCUCCCAGCUGCUGCUCGAGGGGCUGCCGUGGUCUACCACACAGCAGCACUACUCCACUUACGAAGCAGCUCACCUGAAGCCAAUCAUGCAGCACAUCGCCAAAAAUGUUGUGAUGGUGAAUGAGGGGAAAACUAAAUUCCAGGCCGUCAAGAACAAGUACUCGAGCAGCAAGCUGAUGAAGAUCAGCCUCAUCCCUCAGCUCAAGUCGCCCGUCAUCAAGAACAUGGCGGCCGCUCUGACUGGCAACCCUUGAGGACAACUCUUCCCCCCCCAUUUCGUCAGUGGACGUUUCACUCGCACUUUAUUUUUGGAUCGAUCACGAUCUGUGGAGACUCUAGAAUAGUUUUUAAAUAAAAUGAUUUUAAAAUUUUUCA